AUAGAGGUCUUCCAUUUCCUCACUUACCUCAAUUUGUCUGCAGCCUUCGAAAGCUAGAGACCUUAGCAGGCAACGAUGGCGGAAAGAGGAGGGGAACGAGGAGGCUUUGGCCGUGGUUUCGGCCGCGGCGGUGGUCGGGGAGACCGUGGACGUGGCCGCGGAGGUCGCCGUGGUGGUGGUCGCCGUGAGGAGGAGGAGAAGUGGGUACCCGUUACCAAACUAGGACGACUUGUGAAAGAAGGAAGAAUCAAAAGUUUAGAACACAUCUACCUCCACUCACUUCCAGUGAAGGAGCAUCAGAUUGUGGAAACCCUCUUACCUAAUCUCAAGGAUGAGGUUAUGAAGAUCAUGCCUGUUCAGAAACAGACCAGAGCAGGUCAAAGAACUCGUUUUAAGGCCUUUGUUGUUGUUGGUGAUGGUAAUGGCCAUGUCGGAUUGGGUGUCAAGUGUAGCAAGGAGGUUGCCACUGCUAUUCGUGGAUCUAUCAUUCUGGCGAAGUUGUCUGUGAUCCCAGUUAGGAGGGGUUACUGGGGUAAUAAGAUCGGAAAGCCACACACCGUCCCUUGUAAGGUUACUGGUAAGUGUGGCUCUGUUACUGUUCGGAUGGUGCCUGCUCCACGGGGUGCUGGUAUUGUCGCUGCUAGGGUGCCUAAGAAGGUUCUGCAGUUCGCUGGUAUUGAAGAUGUGUUCACUUCUUCCCGUGGGUCAACGAAAACUCUGGGAAAUUUCGUCAAGGCUACUUUUGAUUGUCUUCUGAAGACGUAUGGUUUCCUGACUCCUGAUUUCUGGAGGGAGACACGCUUCACAAAGUCUCCUUUCCAGGAGUACACAGAUUUGUUGACAAAGCCUACAGCAAAGGCAAUCACAUUUGAAGAGGACAAGUUGGAGUAGAUGUGUCACAGAAGGUCCCUUUUCUGGAUGAUUUUGUCUCUCUUCAUCCCCCCCUCACCUUUCCUUUCUAAUUAGAUCUAGAUUACAAUUAUUAUUCUAGACGGCAUGACCCGAUUAUAUAUUUUGUUUUCUGCUGAGCAACUUGUUUCUUUGUUCUCUUGCUUUGGUGAAUUUCUGUCGACUCAUUUCAUCUUGAAUAAUCCUAGUUUUCAUGCUUCUUAA